AGAUCAAUAGCGGGCCAGUGGCACAGCUGCGCGCGACCGGCCGACACGGCGCAGCCGGCGCCCCGGGCAUGUGACCACCUCCUCUUCGCCAGUGACGGACGCGGGCUCAGUGACGUGCCGAUCAGCGGGCGACCCGAGCCGGCUGCAGCUGACCCGGGCCGCUCCAGUGACCCGUCCGACUGCCGGUGACCUGCUGGUGACCUGCUGGUGACCUGCUGGUGACACGAUGUGGCGGGUGCCGGCGCCAGUGGCGCUGCUCGCGCUCCUCGCCCUCGAGUCGACCCGAACCAGUGACGUGCCGCAGAUCAUGGUACAAAACUGGGCGAGAAGCUUUGGGAACAUGAUCUCAACAGUGUGUGAGCUGCAUACGACGCACAAAAACAUAUCAAACGCGUACCAGCGAGGCGCCAGGGUCGUGGAGGUGGACGGCAUGGUGGUACUCACAAAGAUGGCCAACGACAUGAUCAACAUGAUGAACGCCAAAACGGACGCCGUCAAGAGGAUCGUCGACACGGCCGAGAUCGCUGCCAUGUCGCACCGCGAGAAAGCCCAGCUGGACGUCUUCUACUACAACGCUAAGAAGCUGAACGAGUUCGACGGCAAGAACCUGUCCACGCUCAGGGAGGGCUACAACCAGUUCGUGCUCGGCAACGCGUCCAAACACUUUAACGGCAUCCCGGUGAACCUGACGCACAGCACGGUGCACGUGCCCACAAACGUAUUCGACAAAUCCAUGGAGGUGAACAACACAAUCGCGUGGUCCGAGGCUCUGAACAUGGCCUUUACCUCCAACUUCAAGCUGGACCCGUCACUGUCGUGGCAGUACUUUGGCUCGUCCACCGGCAUCAUGCGUCAAUACCCAGGCGUGAAAUGGCUGGUGGACCCCAACGAGCCGGACAUGUUCGACUGCAGGAUGAGGGAGUGGUACAUCCGCGCCGCCAGCAGCCCUAAGGACGUCAUCAUUCUGCUCGACCUCUCAGGAUCCAUGACCGGCCUCCGAGUGGAAAUUGCCAAGCACGUGGUGCUCAACAUUCUGGACACGCUCAACACAAACGACUAUGUCAACAUUUACAACUUCUCCCAGGCGGCCCAGCCUCCGCUGGUGCCCUGCUUCAACAACACACUGGUCCAGGCCAAUUUAGAGAACAUUCGAAUCUUCAAAGACCGUCUGGAGAAUAUUACUACACACGGACUGGCGAACUUCACACUGGCCCUCACCGAGGCGUUUGAAGUUUUAACUAAGGCGCGCGAGAACAACGAGAGCAGCCAGUGCAACCAGGUCAUAAUGCUGGUGACGGACGGCGCGCCCGACAAGUUCCAGGAGGUGUUCAAUACGUACAACCGGCCCAACAUCCGCGUGCGCGUCUUCACCUACCUGAUCGGCCGCGACGUGGCCGACCGGGAGGCCGUCGAGUGGAUGGCCUGUACAAACAAAGGCUACUUCACGCACGUGACGGCGAUGGCCGAGGUGCGUGAGCAGGUGCAGAAGUACAUCCCGGUGCUGGCGCGGCCGCUGGUGCUCUCCUCGGUGGUGAACGAGUCGCAGCAGGGCGGCCACUUCAGCUCGCAACACCCGGUCAUCUGGACGGGCGUCUACGCUGACAUCGCCGACCCGAAGCUGACCGACUGGCUGUGGGAGAUCCGGGAGCGGGAGCGCCAGUACCGCCGCAGCAAAAACUACCAGGAGCUGCUGAGAAGGUCCACCGGGCCUGGUGAGAGCUCAGCCGGUGCCCAGUGCUAUGAGGACAUGCAGAACUUCCUCACGUACGGCGUCGAGAAACUCAACAAGUCGGAGCGCGAAAUGAAGGAGGCCGAGAUGUAUCGCGAAACCAAGCAUGCUCGCCGCCGGAGGAGGGCGAGGGCGACUCGGCACCGGGUGCGCCACGCGCGCCACCGCGCCGUCCACGCCGCCGGCCUCCAGUCGGGCGGGCGCAGUCGACUGCCGGGAGCGCACCACCUUGACGCGCUUACUAGCUCGAGUGUCGCUGACAGGCGGUUGUAUGAGGAGUUUCUGAGACAUCACCACCAGGGCAUGACGGACAGCGAGACCACGCAGCGCGGCUACCGACUGGUCACCUCCAUCGCCAUGCCCGUUUUCGACCGACUCAAGGAGCCCAGGAACGUGACGGAAAAGGUUUUCGUCAAUAAUACGCAAUGGGUUUACCGUACCCAAGAGAAAAAGGUGGCCCGUCUGCUGGGCGUGGCAGGCACCGACGUGCCCCUCAGCGACAUCCAGAAACACGCGCCGCCCUACAGGCUCGGUGUGAACGGUUAUUCCUUCAUCAUCGACAACAACGGCUACAUUUUGUACCACCCCGACAUGCGACCAGUGCACCGGGAGGCCACCAAGCAGUUUCAGGAGAUCCUGAAGCCCACCUACAAGACCGUCGACUUGGCUGAGGUGGAGAUUGUAGACGUAGACCAGCCGCGCUUCAACCACAGCAAACUGUUCGAGCUCCGAAAGGGCAUGAUCGACGGCUCGAAGGCACAACAUUCGAUCCAAGUCCGACAACAUCUGGACAAUAUGAAACGGGUGAUCAAGCGGCGCCAGAAGUACUUUUACACGCCGCUACGGCCGACGCCGUUCUCGCUGGCGAUCGUGCUGCCGGAGGGCUACGGCAAGAAGAGGAUCCGCGGCGAGGUGGAACUGACACAGGCGGCCAAACACGGAGAGCGCAGGCAGAUACUGGAGUACUUUGCGGGUCCGAAUUGGAGCGUCCACCCUGAGUGGGUGUACUGUGAAUACGACAACGACGCUCAUUCGUUAGACACCCCGAGGUCCCAGUAUCUGCACUUCCUCGAAAAGGCGAUGAGCACGCCCGGUUUCGAGUGGCGCUCUCAGCGACUGUACCCGGUGGAAAAGCUCAAGGAAGCCGGACAGUCACAGUAUCGCACCGGCCAAAGAGAGGAAAAAACGUAUUUCUGUGACCGAGAGCUCUUCCAGUCUGUGGUCUUCGACGCCAAGGUCACGAUGCAGUUCAAAUUUGGACGGGGACAGUACGACUCGGCCGAGCAGUUCCGCACGUUCGGCGCCCUGCACAGCUUCGUGGCCACCAGGUCCGGCUUCACGCGCUGGAAAACCUACUUGCCCGACGACGCCCAGAUGACCAUCGAACCCGACAAUCUACGGUUCACGGCGGUGCGCGCCACUGACGAGAUCUGGUACAAGCGAGCCGUCGACUACUACCGGAACGACUCCAACGCGUUCGUCUAUUCGGUGCCGUUCGACGCCGGCCUGCGCAACGACUCGCUGGUGACGGUGGCGCAGGCCGUGUUUGUCAACAGCGAGCUGGGCAGCUCGCCGGCCGCCGUGGUCGGCAUGCAGUUCCUGCACUCCAAGUUCCGCGAGAAGUUCCUCUCCACGGCCAGCUGCCCCUCUCUGGAGGACUGCGAACAGACGUGCGCCUCGGACAGCCUCGACUGCUACCUGCUCGACGACUCCGGCUUCGUGCUCGUCUCCAAGCGGCACGAGGAGACCGGCAAGUUCUUCGGCGACGUGGACGGCACCGUGAUGGACGCGCUGCUGCACCACAACGUCUACCACAAGGUGCUGAUGUUCGACUACCAGGGCGUCUGCCUGGACGUCAUACCGACUGGCAGCAGCGCCUGGACCCUGCUCACGCCGCUCAAGUACCUGCAGUACCUGGUCAGCUGGGUUGGCAGCAAGCUGCUCUGGCUGCUGGUGCAGUCCAGCCUGCUGCACCUCUACGAUAUCAACCUGGCCUGGGCCGCCGAGAGGUCCUUCGGCGACUACACCGACCCAGAGAUGCCCGGUGUACAGAACGUGCCGCCGGUGGUCACGGACGAAAACGGUGAGGAGGUGGACCACUGCUACCGGGUCUCCAACGAGCAGCUCUUCAAGAUGGCGCACAUCGCCAAGACCAAGCCGCGGCCGUGCGACAAGCGCGUCUAUCUGUACACGCUCAGUCAGGACGCCAGGCCGGUGAAGGCGUCGAUGGGCUACUGCCACGGCAUUGGUAACACGUCCUGCAGCAGGGGAUUUGUCCUGGAGCGUGUGCCACUCACCAACAUGUUACUGCUGGUGGUGAACGCGCUCUGUCCCUGCGAGAACCAGCGCAUCUCCAUCGAGCCGCAGGAGGUGGACUACCCGCCCGAGGCGGUCUGCGAACGGCUGCUGCUCGAGCCGUACCGGCGGCGGCCCGCCAACUGCACGCACUACCACGUCAAGGAGGAGAGUCUGGACGAGAUGUGCGGGAGGAGCAGCGCCGCCCCGCUGGCCGUCUCUCUCCUCUCCAGCUGGCUGCUGGCGGGGAUCGCUCUGCUCACCACCAGCCGGGUGAUUGUGUAGAGCAGCGCACCGACACACCGCCCACGGUGCGGGCUGGUGACCGAGCCACGGCCGCCCGGCGGGGCGCUGCGGUGUCUGACAGUAUCGCGGCGGCCGGACAGCACAGCGCUCACCGGACAAACGGGACGGACUGAGCCCGGCACUCGGCUUUGAGGUGGUGAUGUGAAGCUCUUCCAACCCGUCUAGGAAAUCUCUGAACAGAGCGGACUCGACCAGUCCGACCCUAGGGUCGACUUUUGGUCUGUCACUGUCCCGAGCUAGCGCAGUCAGGCGGGCAGAUUGGACGCUACCAAGCCGCCGCUAUUAAUUAGCCCAUGGACGGAGGGACUUUCAGGCGUGCCAGUGAACGGUGAACCGCACGGCCGCAUGCGUGUAAAUAUCGCGAUAGAUACGCUGUACUCAUUUGUGUACAGAUUUUGGCACGCCGAAAAUUGUACCGUUUGCUAAUGCUUUCCCAGCUAAUCGUUGCAGCCCACCUUGCAGUAGCGCUGUUGGAUGCGUUACGAUGAUAAGCUAUAUCAUGCUGCGGUGAUAUUACCUUUGUGUGUGCGUGUGUGCGCGAGUGUGUGUGUAGGCAGUAGGCAGUAGGCACACAUCUCCCGGUCAGUGUUCGACGGGGGCGCACUGGCUGUCAGCUGAUCGCUGAUGCCGUUUUGUUGACGCGACUGUUUUCUGUUAGCUGUUACCUGUGCUCCCAGCCGUUGCGGUUGGACCAGUUUGCCGUGUACGUUAGUGUCAUGUCCUGUGGGUCGCUGCCCGUAGAGACUCGUGUCAUAUCACUCAACCCGACGUAAAAGGCGCGUCUGUUAGAGGCAUUGCCGUUAUUAGGUCCAUUAGGUCCGGCCAAAUGGAACCAGUCAGGUAAAGAGCCAGUACCGGCAUUGAAGAAGUAAGGGUUCUUUUUGACGGGUGGAGAAAAGAACGACGUUAAUCAUGUUGAGUAGAGGUUUCUAGGUAACCAAAUAUCACUAGGUUAUGUAGGUAAUACCUGCUGUUUUGUCCGCCUUCCAUAUCAAUCACUAUAGUCGGGCACCGUAGGUCAGUGACCCCGUCAUUAGUCAGCGACUGUGGAGGGGACGUAUAACAUGCAACUCGUAAUCGGACCAUAAACACCUCUUGGGUGACUUCCAGCUUGACCAUCGAUAUCUUUUACUGGGUAACUCUAUCUUCAUAGGAGUCGAGCCAGCUUUGAAUGAUAGGAAACUUCCAAUGCCCAUGUCAAGAGCACUGAAUGCCGGCACCAAGCUGUCACUUAUGCGAAGCGGCAGAUACAGACUUGCAGUUCCGUCUUUAGGCGACCCACAGGUGCCCUUCAGAGCCCAGUCUAGAAGCAAUAUGGCCCCGGCCCGGUCAGACCCCUGUCAAGAGAAUGAAUCUGAUACGGUGCGGUGAGAUUUGAUUGAGAAGUGAGCCGUAAUCUGGCCCAAACUUUCCUGCGUGACAUGACUCAAAACCCUGUAGAUGUGGUGCAUGACCCAGCGUGAGUGGAGUUGGACCCGUGUGGAGCUGGUCGUCAAUGUGCAGGCUUCCGUGUAAUCUCACGUUGCCCUGUGUUUGUGUUUGUGUGUGGGAGAGUGACGUGUAACCCGUGUGACCCGGCGUGGGCCGGAGCGGCCGCUCGACGGGGCUGCUCCCGCCUCAGCCCCGCGGCCACUGGCGGCCCCCAGUGCAAUAGCCCGCGGUAGAGCCUAGAACGAGAUCACAGCGAGCGCGGCCGCCGGCGUAGUCUGGGUUCUGUCUUCCAACUUAGUGCCUCGUGUGCGGCGGUGGCGCUGCUGCCGGGCCCCCGAGCGGCCCUUUCAGUGAUAUGGCGCCGUUCGCAGCGGCCCGGGCCGGCCGGAUACGCUGCUCCGGCGAGCCCUGGCGCUCCGCCGCGCUCCCGCCUGUGGUACCGCGGCACUGUAGCUAGCCGAGACUGGCUCCGUGGUCGGCGCACCGCGCCGCAGCGUCCCGUGUGCCGCCCGUGACGCGUCCGUUUUGUUUGUCUCGGAGGCGGGUUUGUUUUGAAUGUGAUACGUGUUGGAGGGCGUCAAGCAAACCAGGUGUGUAAUUUCUACUCAUAGCGAUAUAGGAAAGUCAAUUUUAUAUGUCUUUUGUAUUCGGUUGCUUUGGGGCGCCAUGUAUGUGGUCCCUUUUGCUAGACGUGCUUCAUAGGCCGCCCAGCCUGUGCGCGGCGGGGCGGGCCGGUGUGGUGUAGUGGUUCCUUUCCAGCCGGGGGUGCCGACGGUGUGUCGGCGUCUCCUCUAGUCCCGACUUUGUCGUCCAUCUCUCCUUCUCUUCAUGUGCACGCUGCAGUCUGUGUCCGCGCGGCUGCGCGACCGCCGGUUGACGCAAUAUACAUAUACCGAGCUGCGGCUACA